UACUUUUUCUUUUCUCCAAAACCCCAUUACUUGACGACGGAGCACGGUGCUUCACGACGGAGCUCCGCUGUAGAAGAAGGUUAACUGCGGUGUGAAGGGAACAAGGAGAACGAAGGAGGAACACUACACUGUCGUCAUUCACCACCGUGGACCCUUUUCAAAUGGGUACCUUACGCCACGAAAAAGUUCAAAAAUUUGAAGAAUUUGUUGAUAAGCGCUUGAAACCUGAUAUUCUUCAUGCUAUUGCUCAGAGGGACAAGGUCUUUGAACAACAGAAAACUUUUGCGGAUUUGCGAAAAAACAUUGAAAACCUAGAGAAGAAUAGUGUAACCAGUCUAAGAACUUUGGUCAAUCUUGGGUCUGAGGUAUACCUGCAGGCAGAAGUGCCCAAUACAGAACACAUAUUUGUGGAUGUAGGAUUGGGAUUCCAUGUGGAGUUUACUUGGUCUGAAGCUUUGAAAUACAUAGAAAAAAGGGAAGAAAAGAUAGCCAGGCAGAUAGAGGAGUACACCCAGUUAAUUGCAUCAAUUAAAGCCCAAAUUAAGCUGGUUUGCGAAGGGAUUAGAGAACUACUUGAAUUUCCAGCAGAAAAACCCUUACCCGAGCGGAUAUUUUGAUAGUUACUGUCUUACUGAGUAUAUACCAAAUUGCUUAAUCUUUGCAGUCACAAGUGCUAUGGAUAAGUGCAAAUAUGUGUGAAUCCUGACAGAGAUUGAUAUUUCGCCAGUCUGGAAGACUGCAUCUCUUUUGUGGCUUAAGUUGUCUUUCUAAAUUCUAAUUAAUUCUUGUUGGUCAUGUUGAUUGUAAAGGAUAUGCAUUUGCAAUCACAAGAAUUUGAAUGACUAACCGUGAAUAGUAGUAACAUGCAAGGCAUCCAAGUCCUCACAUCUAUGAUUUUCUGUACUCAAAACUUGGAACUAAGUUUCUGCAAAUGCUUAUCUACAGAACGAAGUGUGUGUUUGCAAA